AUGCGAAAGCAGGAACCACUGGCUGACUCUGGCACGCAAUCGGGACAAAUGGAAGAAUUACUGGCGCUCGUUCUAUCAGUUCGAAGAUCAACGGGAGUCAAGGUGAUCAAGGAGCAAUUUGGCUCAACGUCGCCUGGAUGCGCCUUUGUACGACUGCGUGCUCUCAGAGGACGUAAACUCUGGAUCAUAAGUGCCGUGCACCUACGAAAACCGCUGAGGACGCCUUCUAUGAUGAACCCAAUGCGUUGA